AUGCCGCCCAAACACCGCGACGGCGACGUCGUAGCCGUGAUUCCCGGCCAGUUCAUCUCCCAUGCCCAUACCAUUGCCGCCUAUGCCGCCUUUCUGGGAGCCUUCAUCGUGGGCGUGUGGUUGCACUACCACAAGAUUGUCGAGAACGAGCACUUCGGAUACCCCAUUGAGUGGUUUCCCUCAGUCAGCGCGACCAUUGGCGAUCGCUAUCCCGAGCGAUCCGUCUUCCAAGUCUUUAUUGCCAUUUGCUCUGGUCCUCGAUUCGCGCUGGUCUUCCUCUGGUACUGCUUAGCCAACAGACCGAACAGCAGCUUGCCUAAGUUUGUCGCAGGAGUUGGAGUCUUCAGGACGUUGACGUGCGGAGGAUGGACAUAUGUUACAAGCACAGACGACCAUGACUGGCACGACAUUUUCAUGAUUAGCUACCUUGUGGCUACUCUGCCAUGGACUUUGGGCUGUUUGGCCCUAAGUCCGCCCAAUCCGCAGGCCAUCAAGUAUCGCAAGUACUUGGCUGGUGCAUUUUUCGGCACUCUCGUACCCCUGGUUUACUUCUUCAUUCAGCACAAGGUCCACCGCGUGCCAGGAGCCUACACCAUUUACGCCUUCUUCGAAUGGUCCCUCGUCCUCCUAGAUGUCGCCUUCGAUGCCGUGACCGCAAUGGACUUCAGCAGCUUCGAGCUGGUUGUGAAAGAUGUAAAGGGAUUGAGCAGAGGAGACAAGAAGCGAGUGGCCGAUGCGGUGCUUGAAAAGCAAAAGGACAAGGCAGUCGGCCAAGUCUUCGACGAGCGUUUCUCGUGGGACGAAAUGAUCGACGCUCUGGCUGAUGUCUACCUUGGGUUCACAUUCUGGACCAUUCUCACUGGCCUUGGCGUCGUCGUCUGGUUCUUUCCACUCUGGCACAUGGGCAUCUCUGGUUACGAAGUGGCGGUCAUGUCUACCAUCUCUCCAUUUCUUCUCGAGAUUCCUCCAAUCAGACGAAUGGUCUCCAAGUCUGUGCCCAUGACUAUGCUCACCACAGUUGUCGGCCUCCUUGCUUACCUCAUCAAAUCUCCAGAAUGGCGGUUGGGUGCAGUCAGUCUUGGUGUCUGGCAAGGCUGUUUAGCAUGGACGGCAGCUUGGCAUACCAAGCGCAAUAAUCCUGCCAUGCUAGAAUCGAGAAUCUCUGCAUGGCUUCUCGGCCUCAUCGCCAGCAGCAUCGCCAAAUUCGCCUUUUGGACCAAUAACCCCCUUUGGCCCAUCAUGAACGAGAACAACGGCGGUUUGAACAAGACUGGUCUCCUCUUCUUUACCCUGGCGAUACUGCGUGCCUUCCAGAAACAGUCCAAGCACAUCGACAGUGCGCCUGUCGAAAAGCCAAAGGGACCUUCAUUCCUUGCCGGACUUGGACUCACAGGUGUAUUUUUCGGUCUUCACUCUCUUUACUCCGACUCAAGCACCAUGAUUUCCUGGGUUUGGGAAGGCUACCCGGUCCGGGGUCCACUUGCUGUUCCACACGGCGCCGUCACCAUCUUGGCCAUGGGCGUAGGUCUUCUUUUUGGCCUCUUCUAUCCCAACCUCGCCCGUAGCUGGAGCGCUUUCGGCAUCGGAUCUGUCGGCGCUGCUGUGUUGACAACUUUCUCCGACUGGACGGGAUACUAUGGCGGUCUUGCUCUGGCUGCCUACUUGAUGGCAGUCACCCCAACUCUCAUCACCAAUGCUGUCCGUUUUGCACCUGGACGGACAUUCUUCGUCGGCUUCUUCUUUUACAACAUCAUGGUUCUUUUCCACGUCUGGGUUGUGGCAUACGCCUUCGUGCCUGGUGGUCCACUCGUCCGUGAGCAUACUGACUGGGUGAUGGCCACCACCAUGAUCAUGAUCGGCUGUGGUGUCUUCUCUGCUAUUCAGAACAGCACCCCGGUCAAACAGAAGUCGUUCAGCCCAGCACCAAGCCCAGCUGCUAGACGGCAAAGAAGCUAUUUCAUCUACAUCCUGAUCGGUCUCCAGCUUAUAAGCGCCAGCAUUGCAUACCUGCGCUUCCCCAGCUACGACUACAGGCCUUAUCACCCUGACAGCAAGCUGAUCACCGCUGGCAUCUGGACGAUUCACUUCAGCAUCGACAAUGACAUGUGGAGCUCAGAACGUCGUAUGGAAUCAUUGAUCCGAGAGUCAGAGCUCGACCUGGUCGGCUUGCUCGAGAGCGACUUGCAGCGCAUUAUCAUGGGCAACCGUGAUACCACUCAGUACCUAGCCGAAGAGCUUGGCAUGUACGUGGACUACGGCCCUGGCCCAAACAAGCACACCUGGGGAAGUGCGCUGCUUUCCAAGUUCCCAAUCGUCAACUCCACCCACCACCUUCUUCCAAGCCCUGUUGGCGAACUGGCCCCUGCCAUUCAUGCUACCAUUGAUGCGUACGGCGAGCUUAUCGAUGUUGUCGUCUUCCAUUCCGGCCAAGAAGAGGACCCCGAAGAUCGAAGACUUCAAACUGAAUACCUCACCAACUUAAUGGGCAAUUCGCCACGGCCGACCAUCUUGCUAUCUUACCUGGUUAUCAAACCGAAGGAGGGCAAUUACAACACCUGGGUGUCUGAUCGUAGCGGGAUGAAGGACAUCGACCCAAGCGAUUGGGAUCGAUGGUGCGAAUACAUCUUGUACAAAGGCUUGAAGAGGACCGGAUAUGCACGCAUGAGCAGAAGCACCAUCACGGAUACUGAGCUACAGAUCGGCAAGUUCCAAGUCGGCCAACCUGAGGAUCUCUCGAACCAGAUGAUCUCUGAAGAACAAGUACCUUCCGAUAUGCGCUUCCCGACUCUGUUCAGAGGCCGUGGCGUUCGUGACCACAGAUAUCACGUCUUCAACGAGCCACGAUACUUCUCAUAA